CUGCUCCAGCUCUACUCCUCCAUCCGCAUUUUCCCCCUAUUAGUACUUUUCUCAGGGAAUUAAUUCCGGUGGGGUGCUCGCGGGUAAAACACUAAAACGGUCAGAAAUGGGGUCAGAGGCAAAAGAGACCGGAGAGAUAAAUCCCCCAUGCCAUCACAAAACAAAAAUCCUCCGCCCAACAACCACUACAUAUCUUUUAUAAUCACAAUACUGAAAAAAAAAAAGUUAUUAUUCCUACUUUUUGUUUGUGAUAGGUCCCACCACCUCCUUACAGUAGCAUACCGGUUGUAGUACGAUAACUAACUUGGCUUCCAAAACCUCCAAUCCUUUUCCUUCCCUUUGUUUUCUUUGCGGCUUAUUCAUUCCUUCGCCGGGGGGAGGGGAGCACUGAGGGGGUGAAAUUUUUUUUUUUUCCUUUUUUGGGGUUAAACUCUGAAGACAGGGCCCGGGGUCCCCGCCGAUUGCCUACUUCCUGCAUCUCCAUCCUUACUCCUUCACACGCUUCCUCUCUUCUACUUCACUUCAGUAUGUUCCCGUCAUCAAUUUUCUCAUCAGAAAUUCUUUCAGGGUUUGGUAAAAUGGUGAUCAUCAAGUGAAGGGAACAAAAGGGAAGCCUUCCUCUUCUUCUUCUCCUCCUCCACCUCCUAUUUUUUUUUGUCUGUUUGUUUCUUAAAAAUAUAUAUACAUAUACAAAUGGGUUCCUGCGUUUCUGUGCACAAACACUCGGAUUCAGCUUUGAAGCUGCGUCUGGGAUUCGGGUCCAAAACGGACAAGCUUGUCACUCCCUCCCCGCCAGUCAAACACAAGCCUAUGCUAGCCGAUCAUCUUCUGAAGCCCCUGUCGUCGCCGCCUCGCCCCCUUGUUACCGCUUCUCGUGACUUUGGUAGCAAAGAAGAGACCUUCUUUGAUUCCCAUGCUUGGUUGGAGUCUGAUUGUGAAGAUGACUUUUUCAGUGUAAAUGGUGAUUUUACACCAUCUCGUGGAACUACUCCUGUCCAUUACAGCUUCUCUGGGGGAAACCCGCGAUCCAAUAGACACCCUUUUGCUGAGAACUCGACACCUGUGCAGUCCACAUCAGAUAAGAAAAAAAAACUAUCUGAACUCUUUAAAGACACGGGAGGUGACCAAGAUGAAAAUCAAAGUGCAGCUGGCAAGUACAAUGGGGCUGCUCGACAGUCAGAUUCAAAGACUUCUGUUCUUGAAGCCCCUCAAAAACCAGGAAAUGAUAUGCCUCAUGUCUCUGGAGCUAACUCUACCGGCAGUAGUGAAAGAUCUCCAACUGGGGAUGUCAGGCUUCCCAGGGAGAAACUGAGGAAGUCAGCUGAAUGUUGCCUUCCGAGGUUGCGUAGCUUAAGUGAAAGGAAGAAGAGGACUAGCCCUGCUCGUAGUCUUGGGUGAUAAAUGAGCCAUGUUGAAUUUUGCGCUAUGUAUAUUGAAAACCGAUUUUUUCUUUUUUUAAACUAAGGUCCAGUAACACACUGAGAUCAGGAAUUCAGGUCACUCAACCACACGGGCACGGGUAUUCAGUAAAUAUCUGAACGAGAAUUUUGGAUUGAGGUGCAUGUAUACAGCUUGUAUCUUACAGUAAAUAAUCCUUUGGUAGCAAAGCAAAAGUGCAGUUGUAUAUCUAAUACCAUAAUGCUUAAACGCUAUUUUGUUAGUUCA